GGCGUCCUUAGCUAGCUAGCCAAGUUAAGACGGACACCAUGAUUGAUCGAUGGAGACUACUCCACCACAGCAGGCCAGGGUAUUAUUAAGGCGAUAUACACAGGCCCGCCGUAGAAGCCGUGCACCCCGGAGCCUCCACCACCACCACCACCACCACAACCUCAUCACCCACCACCGCAUCCGGCGGCGGCGGCGGCAACAGCGGGGAAGCCGGCGAGGCAAGCGACAGGAAGCCGCAGCGCCACCAGCAGCAAGAAGAAGAAGGAGAAGAAUCGGACGCCACAAUGCAACAUCAAGGAGUUCCUAAAUUUGGGAACUGGGAGGACGAGGGCCAAGGCUACUCGCAGUACUUUGAAAACGCCCGCAUGGGCAAAUCUCCAGGAAGGCCUGUCAACCAAAACGAUCGCAAUGAAGGCGCUGCACAGGCACCUUCGAACGACCCGCCGUCGGUCAAGGCCUCUCCGUUGAGGCCGGGGUCCGAGCCGGGGCUGCGGAAGAACAGGGACGAAAGGCGUGCCACCCGGGAAGACGACAUCCGUAGGCACGAGGCCGCUGCCCGGAAAUCGCAUGCCGAGUCGCCUAACCAUAGAUAUGGUGACCAAGCCAACGACGACGGCGCUGCGAGGAAAGCAGGCAAUGAGAGGUCACCCAUCCAUCCUCGGCAGCAGGCAAGGCUUGCGAACAAAGGUGGGGUUUCAUCUCCUAUUGCGGAUCGCAGGGGCUCUGCUCCCACCACACCUGGAAGGUCCAAGAUGAGACCAACCGGCCGCGGCGAUGAAACGCCAGAGAGAGGAUCGGCUGUGCCAAAGUUUGGAGACUGGGAUGAGAAGGAUCCUUCGACUGGUGAAGGUUUCACUGACAUAUUUGAAAAGGUGAGGGAGGAGAAGCAGUCCGGUGCAGAUACUGUCGGCACCAGCCAUGCAUAUACGGGCCGCUACAACCGAGGGGAGAGAUAUGAAUCUUCGGGCUGCUCAUGCUUCAGCUGGUUCAAGAAGUGACACCCACCCUGUCUUCGACAUUACCUGUGGCGAUUGUAUCUUUGUGAAAUGAGUAGUCAAAUCUGUUAUUCCGUUGUUUUGUUGACACGUAUCGGAGCACGAAUUAUUCGCAAGGCUGUAAUUCAGCAUUUUUUGAGCAUUUGUAAUCAGUGGUUGGCUUCCUGAAUUUUGCAACAUUGCCACAUUGCUGGAUUAAAGAGGAAGCAGGUUGGGAUGUGUAAAA